ACUCUGGAGUGAAGCCGUCGUCGCUUGUGCUGUUAUAUUUUGGUAAAACGUGGGCGGAAGUGACCCUGUGUUUGUAUAUUCCGUUAGCAAUGUUGCUGCUCGUCACACGGCACUUUUUCUUAAUGUUCUUCGCUACAACUAAUGAAAAUGAGUAGUGGUUCAAAUCAGAGGACUUUGUUCCAGGCAUGGGGUGGAUCCGUUUCUCAAAACAAAGUUGUUCAACCGAAAAAAGAUGUCAAGAAAGCCGCUGGACGGCACAGAACGACCCCAAGCAACACCACACAGGUAGCUAAAACAAACCCUCCUCGAAAUUCCCCAUGGACUGAUACAGGUCAGGGGUCCACAUACACAUCAGGGACCCCAGUGAGUCCAGAGGAGCCUAAACUUGCGUUUGAAGAUGACGAUGACGACGAUGAUCUGAUGGUGGUCGCUGUUUAUGAAGCUGAAAAGAACCUUCAACUUGACAAUGCAAACUGUUUUCAGCAUGACAACCCUGAAGGAACGGCCUGCUCAUCCUUCUCUUCUACCCCCUCAAGUGGGCAGACAUAUCCAGAUUUCCCUGGCUUUGACAGCUCCUCAGCUAAGGUAUGGAUUUACCCCACCAACUAUCCCAUCCGGGUGUACCAGCUGAAGAUAUCAGAGGCUGCCCUGUUUCAGAACACUCUGGUGUGUCUCCCCACUGGUCUGGGAAAGACCUUUAUAGCCUCUGUCGUUAUGUAUAAUUUCUAUCGAUGGUAUCCAUCUGGGAAAAUAGUAUUCAUGGCUCCCACCAAACCUCUGGUGGCACAACAGAUUGAGGCGUGUUAUAAAGUGAUGGGGAUCCCUCAGGCGCACAUGGCUGAGCUGACAGGCAGCACAGCAGCAAAGCAGAGACAGGAAGUGUGGAGGACCAAGCGAGUCUUCUUCCUCACCCCUCAGGUCAUGGUGAACGAUCUGUCCAGAGAAACCUGCCCGGCUCGGCAGGUCAAGUGUGUGGUGAUCGAUGAAGCCCACAAGGCGCUGGGCAACCAUGCCUACUGUCAGGUGAUCAGACAGCUCGGCAGCCAGACUCAGCAAUUCCGCAUCCUGGCCCUCAGUGCAACUCCAGGGGGAGACACAAAGUCCGUGCAGUCCGUGAUCUCUAAUUUGCUCAUCUCCCACAUUGAGCUGCGUUCAGAUGAGAGCCCAGACAUCCGGGCUCAUUCGCACCAGCGCAGUGUGGACAAAAUGGUGGUUCCUCUCGGAGAAGCUCUUUCUGCUCACCAAUCUCGCUACCUCCAGGUCCUGGAGAAAUUCACGUCUCGUCUGGUCCAGAACCGUGUGAUGGCAAACAAAGACCUGCGGACUCUGAGCAAAUAUCAGCUCAUCCUCGCCAGGGAUCAGUUCCGCAAGAACCCACCGCCAUCCAUCAAGGGUCCACAGCAGGGAAUGCUGGAGGGUGACUUUGCUCUUUGCAUCAGCCUGUACCAUGGCUACGAGCUGCUGAUGCAGAUGGGCCUCAGAUCGCUCUUCUAUUACAUCCAGGGAAUAAUGGAUGGAUCCAGAGAGAUGUCCAGGGCAAGAAAUGAGCUGCAGAGGACUCCCACCUUCAUGGACCUUUACCAUGAGAUGGAAGCAAUGUUUACAAAGCCAUCUGCUGGUCCAGAUGAGCCAUUCAUUUACAGUCACCCCAAACUGGAGAAACUGGAGGAGGUGGUGCUGCAGCAUUUCAGACGGUGGACUGAGAGCUUGGCAGAGUGUAAUGGUUCAGGUCCUCAGGAAGUAAGCACACGUGUGAUGAUCUUUUCAUCGUUCCGUGAGAGUGUACAGGAAAUUGCAGCUAUGUUGAACCGCCACGCUCCCCUGAUAAGGGUCAUGACCUUUAUGGGCCAAGCCUCUGCAGGGAAGGGAGUCAAAGGCUUCACCCAAAAAGAGCAACUGGAGGUGGUGCACAGGUUCCGUCAGGGAGGCUUCAACACGCUGGUGUCGACUUGUGUAGGGGAGGAGGGGCUGGAUAUCGGAGAGGUGGACCUCAUUGUCUGCUUUGAUGCACAGAAGAAUCCCAUCCGGCUGGUGCAGCGAAUGGGGCGUACUGGGCGUAAGCGGCAGGGACGCAUUGUUGUCAUCCUGGCCGAGGGACGUGAGGAGAGGACGUACAACCAGAGCCAGAGCAACAAGCGCAGUGUGUACAAGUCCAUUAUCAGCAACAAAAAUGGGUUUCACAUGUACCCCAGUAGUCCCCGUAUGCUGCCUGAGGGGGUGAACCCCACCCUGCACAAGAUGCACAUUACCUGUGGCCAGUUCGACCACCAGGAGAGCAGCAGGCGAUCUGUCAGGGGUCGACGGUCCCACUCUGAGGGACGGUCCUCACUCAUUCACCCUCAAAAUCUAAUUCAGCAUGGCAAUGCAAAGGCAGACGGAUUUCUGAGCUGUACUGAAUAUUCCCUCUGGGCGUCCACCAUGAAGCUGCAAGACGAUGAAGCUCAUCCGACCCUGAAACAGUCGCACUUCAUGUCCUUACCCUCUGAUUUACCACCUCAGGAGGAGGUUUCCAAAAGCGGACCACCAUCCAGAGAGCUUUCUUUGUCGGAAUGGAGACAUUGGCAGCACAAAACGUUUCCUACCCAUGUUGUUGAUCAUUCCCUCCGCUGCCACCACUUCAUUAAAGUGAUGGAGCUCAUAGACGGCAUGAGAGAAGAAAGCGAGGGUGAAUGUCGAUACGAACAGGAGCUUCUUCCUUACCUCCACAAAGCAGAUGGUCAGGUGGAGAACGGACGGAAGAGACAGAAGAGAGAAAAGGCCUGCACUAAAACUACUAACAACAAACCCAAACCAUUUUGCCCAACGUUGUCUGAUCUGGACUGUGACGAGGAGGACGCGGAGAGGCCCUUUGCUCUUACAAAACCAAGACUUCCUGUACGUUAUAAUUCUGAGGCACCUUAUGAUGACAUCAAAGACCUUCCAGGACCUGAGGCAAUUUGUCCUCGUCUAUCAAUUAAUGACUGUCCAGAAGCUGACAUCGAUGAUGACUGUGUCAUUGGUAAUGAGGGUGUCAUACAAUCACAGCACAGUCGACUCGACGAACCUGUCAAUUUAGACAGAAUUUCACAGUUGGUUACAAAAUUUGAUGAAGAUGAAGAUGUUGAACUUCAGGCCAUGUUCUACCUUCAUAAAUCAGGUUCAGCAUCUCCUCCCUCCCCUGCUAAACUCCGCCCAGGAAGAGAAGAAAGUCUGAAGGUCAUUCUAGCCAACGUGGCAGAGCUCCUGUCCCGAACUCCGCCGUCACUACCUGAAGAUUUGGAGGCCAGCGUAGCUGCUCCAUCAUCUUCUCCCUCUCCUCAGUGGCAUCAUCAGCCAUUCCAGGUCAGCUUUACCCUGGAUGUGGACGACGACAAUAAUGACGUUGAAGUGAUGGUGAGCGACACAGAAAAUGCCUCCUUGAGGGCAGACUCAGAUGAGCCUUCAGUGGGUAAAGAGGACAACAAAGUCAGCCGUGAUCGGCCUCGUCUGAACGAGCAGCUGAGCACCAGCGGGGGCAGCAUAGCAGCAGACAGCCCGACCUGGGAUGAGGUUUUUGGGGAAGAAGAGAAUGAUAAUCAUGAUGUAAGAGAUAACGGCAAAGAGACAGAGGGUAUAUUUAAGCAGGAAUGGGUUGAUGAGGAAGUAAAAAGCAAGAAUGAGAGCAUAACAGCGGAAGAAGUGAGUUACUGGGAUGAUGUGAGAAAUGAGGAAAUGCCAGACUUGACAGAUGGUGGUUUCAAAGGCACACACAUGGACCCUCAGAUGGACAGCAGCAUGGAUUUGUUCGGGGAUGAUGAAGCUUUCCUGCAGAUGACCAUCCCAGACAUCUCCACUCCUGGUGCCACACCUGUGUCGUACCCUAAAGCCAAAAACAUUGCUAAUAGCAGAAAUAUGUCAUGUGGCACUGCACACACAGCUGAAAGCACACAUAGCGUAAACACAGAGCACACAGAUGAUUUUGCACGCACAAAGCACAGAAGUCUUACUCCACAUGCCAGGCUCGUACCUCAGGACACAAACGACCAAAGCGCUUCAGGGUCAGAACAUAACGCACACACAGAAGCAACAAAUAAACAUGUAACAGACAAUUCAGUGCAACAAAACACUGAGUCAGUAGACAGCUCCCAUGACUACUUCUCUGUCAACUUUGACCUUGGCUAUUCACUGGAGGACUCUGAGGAAGAGGAAGGACAGGACGUCCCUGUCCCAUAUACAUCGACCGCUCCGCUGUCUAACAUGCAGGUUGUCUCUAACUCUUCCACUCCCUGUAACCGCUUCCAUGCACCGAGAAUUUCUCUGAAGUCUAGUGGAUCCAAGUUAUCUACACCGCAAAUGUCAGAGCACAGGAAGAGAGAAACGUCCUCUCUUCUGUCUUCGCCUUUAAUGUCCGAAAGUGGUCCACUGCCAUCUCCAAUCACAUCACCAGGAGUGAGGCGGACGUUCUCGCCUGGUCACACCGGGCCUAGCACCCCAUCUUUCCUUUCUAGAUUAAAAAGGAGACGACUGGAUGUUCGCACCACCGCCGAGAGAGCGGCAGGUGUGGAAAACAGUUCACAUCAGGGGUCCGUUUGUGUGGAUGGCUCUCUUCCGCGUCCAGUGGAGUGCAACAGUGACAGCGAGGAGGAAGUUGUGGUUCGUAAAAGACAUCAGAAUAAGGUCAACCCUCUGUCAUCUCCGGAAGUGUCAAAGGUCACCAGUGAUGUUGACUCCCCGGUGGUUGUGAACAGGAAACGUGUAGCUGCACUUAAUACAUCUGAAGAAAUGGAGGGUGGAGCUGUUUCUGAUGAUGAUUUCCAGAAUGGGUCAGUGUUCACAUGCAGACCCACAGCGGCUAAGAGGCAACAAGUCCAGCAGAGCAAAGCCAAGCACGGCCUAUGUCGAAAAGGGCGUCAGUUCCUGGAUGAAGAAGCCGAGCUGUCAGAGGAAGACGAGGGGGCAGAUGUGUCAUCUGAUGAAGAGGAUGGAGAGGAGCUGAAUCAUUCUCUUGAAGGCUUUGUGGUCGACAACACACACUGCUCGCAGGAACUGAACGAGUCGGAGAUGCAUGGUGUUUACCUGAAGUCAGUGAGAAGCCCCGCAGUCCGGGGCAAGUUUAAAAUGUCUUACAGAAGUCAUCACAACAUGGACAUAUUUUCCCAGGUGCCAGAGAUGGAUGAAACAUAUGCAGAAGACAGUUUCGUGGUGCACAGUGAGGUAGAUGAGCUGGAAAGCAGCGAGGAAGAGGCUGAAGACAUUGAGCUUAUGCCUGAAGACUCGUAUGUUGACGGGAAGAGGCAGUACGCCACCAGACGGCGUGUUUUCCUGCACAAGGCCAGAGCAAAAGCCGGAGCUGGCACUAAGACUACAGCUGAAGCUCCACCAGAGCCAAGAGCUGAAGUGAAGACCAAGCGAAGCCGUGUCAUACGCAUCAAUGAUUCCAGUGAAGACGAAACAGAGGAAGUUAGACGUGUCACAACUGGAGGGGGUGUUGCUGCCCCCCAGUGGCCAAAGACGGCACAGCCAGAUCCCAGCAGGCCUCAGCCGCAGCAGGAACCCCCCUCCUCUUCGUCUUCAACCACAGCAUCUAAGGUCUCCCUGCCGAGCAAGGCACUGAGGUGCUCAGUGAUCGAAGGCCAGCAAAAUGAGAGGUGGCAGCAGAGAUUAGAAAAUCAGCAUUUGCUCUCUGAUGAACUGGACUUUGAGGAGUCAGACAUGCUGUUCACCUCUGAGAAACAACCCCAGGCUCUUCCUCUCACCUCCUCAGUACCUCAGAAGUCCACUGGGCAGGAUUCAUCAGUUGGCGAGUCCCCUGCUUCAUCCGGACCUGUUGGCAUCCUGGCGGACAGCCGCUGCAUCAGCAGUGGAGUGGAGCUUAUGACCUGCCUGCGUCAGCGUCACGCGACCACCGUCCACGUUUGCUCGCUGGACGGCAGCUACUUCAUCGUCAGCAACCGCAUGGCAGUAGAGAGGUACAGCCAAUCAGAUUUGGCCACAAUGCAGAACCGGAAGCGACUGGCUGAACGAGUGAGCAGCUUGCAGGGAUUGUUUGAGCGUGUUUGUCUGAUAGUGGAGAAGGACCGAACCAAGCCAGGUGAGGUGCUGCGUCCCUUCAAGCGAACACGUUACUAUGAUAGCACUUUGACGGCACUGGUGCGGACCGGGGUGCGUCUGCUGUGGAGCGGCGGCGCCGAAGAGAGCGCCGGUUUGUUGGCUGACCUGGCACGGUUGGAGCAGCGUAAAGGUCAGGGCAUCGCUGUACCGCUGGAAGUCAAAGGGCAACACGGUCAGCAGGCCCUGCAGCUGUUCUUGAGCCUGCCGUCCGUCAACUACGUCCAUGCUCUCAGCAUGAGCCACAACUUCCGGUCAAUUGCUCAGCUCAUUAACAGCCCCAUUGAAGCCAUACAGAGGGGAGGCUGUAUGAGUCGGUCCAGAGCUGAGGAAGUGUACCGCUUCCUGCGCUACUCCUGUGACUCCUUCCUCAUGAACACAUCAAAAGCAGCAAAAAGCAGCUAGCAAAGGGGAGAAAUCACACACUGAGA